GUGUGUUUGGUGACUUUGGUCAAGGUUACGCCUGAAUCCUGAAUUCCUGAUCCAAUGCACCCAAAUUCGGUUUUCAAAUGAAACCAUGAAAACUGGAGGGAAAACACACCCACACUGCAAAUGCGGAGAAGACGACUUCGGUUGCGCUCUUCUUCCGACGAAGAGGAUGAACAAGACGCGGAGCAACAAGUUCAAGUCCUAGAGCCAGCCGUUUCACCUCCUGUAAAUCUCAUACUCGAACUCGAUUCCCCAAAUCCUACUCCUAACCCUAACUCUAACCUGGCUCAUGUUUCUUCUGAAAACUUUCCCCUUGAAAUUUCCGAUGAUGACUUCGUCGAGGUUCCCGAGAAUCUCUCUCCUUCUCCUCCACCGCCGGUUUUCAACAAUUCUUCUCAAGCAAACGAUGAAAGACGACCAGAAACUGGCACAGUAUCUGACUGUCCGGUAGAUUGCUUCCUUCGGAGGCUAGGGCUCAGGCUGCGGAGUGAAUGGCUAGAUGCCUGCAUUUCAGUUCUUCAGGGCUCCAUCGCCGAUUUUGGGAGUCUUAACGUGGCUGCGAAGGCAAAACUUUGUUUUGAGCAGUUCCUCUUUUCAGACAUGAACUAUUCCGGCGCUAGGGUUCUUCCAGAAAAUGUGCAUUCCAUGCAUCUUGUUGACUUGGCGGGGCCCUUUGUUUUGCAGGUUGACGAGAUAGUUAAUAUCAGUUGUCCUCUUCGAGACAGGUACCAGAAUGCACCUUCCGGGGUUAAGAGAUGCCUCAAGUUGUCCAUGACAGAUGGUUCCCAACGUGUUUUUGGCAUGGAAUAUAGGCCCAUUAAAGACCUUGAGGUUCUGUCUCCUGCUGGAUUCAAGGUUGUAAUCCGUAAUGUAAACAUACGGCGUGGACUUCUGAUGCUGGUCCCAGAGGUUUUGGAGGUUCUAGGAGGAUUAGUUGAAAAUUUGGAUGUGGCACGCCAGAGGCUUGUCAAUGAAGUGAAUAAGCCACCUAGGGGCAAAAGAACAAGGACAGGGGCAGUUCCUUCUUUGGCAACUAGAGCUACUCUUGCUGCUUGGCCAUCCAAUAAUGUUAAUGAGCCUGGUCAUGCUACCAAUUCAGCAUCAAGGGUUGCAACCUCUCGAACAUCUCAACAGGGUGAUGCUUUAUCUGUGCCUAGCAGUGUUGGAAGAGAAAGUACAAGGGAGGAGUCUUCUGCCCCACAUGGUAGGCCAAUUGUUGUUGAAUCUAGUUCACCUCCAGAUGCUGUUUUGUCUGUACAUACCAGUGUCACCCGAGAAGGAACAACAGAGGACUUUGCUGCUUUAGUUGUGCCGAACAGUAUUACUAGAGAAAAUUCUGUGGAAGAGUUUCCUCCUCCUGAUAGGAGCCCAGAUGCUAUAUCUAUUCAAUCCCAAAAUGUGGUUUCAUGCAAUGAGGGAAUCCAUACAGUUUGUCAAGAGGAACACCCUGUUAUAUUGACAGGUGACAGAGAAGUGCCUUUCACAUAUUUGGCUAGUUUGUUGGCAAAGUGGGCUGCAAGGGAUGUUGAAGCAUUCUUUGUUCAAGGAAAAAUUAAGUGCUUCUUGACUGGUGUAAAGAGAUUCCAAUUUAAACAGAGGUCUGCAUUUGAGCUUCUGGUCUAUGUUGAUGAUGGUAGCCUCAUUUCAGAGAUCCUUGUUGAUCAUUCUGUUGUACAAAAAGGUAUCGGUCAUUCACCUGAGGAAGUAACUACUGCUCUUUCUUCUUCAGAUAAUAAAAUAGUUAAUGAUAUGAAAGAGACCAUGAAACGAUACCAGCUUUUCUUAUCAAAGUUUGAGGGUACUAUGCUUGUGGAAAUAAACAAAACAUCCCCUCUACCAGUUGUCCUUGAGAUGAAUCAGGGGUGUUCAGAAUCUGAUGCAUGGUUGCUUCUAAGAAGACUGAAGACCUCUGCAACUCCUCAAACCCCACGGUAUCCCCGUUCAGAUCCGAUAAAUUUAUCUCCUUGACUCCAAAAUAUGUACAAUUUAUGUUUGUAAAAGGUUUGUGGAGGCCCAAGUUCUGUGACAGCCGAUUGAGUACUUCCGGACUUGAGCUGAAUCCAUUCAUUCACAAGGUGUCGACCGUUUAGGCCUUUUCAUCAGUCACUGGCUCUUACGCUUGAACCGCCAAACUCAGUUUAUUAUAUUGCAUCAGAGUUGCUUGAUGUGGUCCAUCAUACAAAUGAAAAGGAAACCGUCUGCGAAACAAGAGUGAUGGACCUCCGCUCAUCAUCAUCGUUGAGGAUAACUGGAAAAUGAUUCUGGCCCUUGAUAUUCUUCUGAUUCUUUUUGUUGGUAUAUAUUACUAGAUGGCAUUACAAGAGAGUCAGGGGUGGGACCAGAACAGGAUGCAUGUGUGGCCCACUGGCCAUACCACAUAGUGCCUGCAGUUCCGUUGAUUUGAUCCUGCACCUCCUAUUUUGCGGUGAUGCCAACUGACUAAGAGUUAUUAGUUCAUCAUCAACAUCAAUUCAUCAUGUCAUCCUGACCCUUGCUAUAUGAUACUCGCCUCUAUUAUCACUUCUAUCCAUACCCUAGAGAGACAACUCUUGAUUAUAUUUUAAUUAAUGCUUUUUUUUUUUUUAAUGUUGUCAAUCAAGAUGUAUGAUUGUAUCAUCUUAAAAGUUAACAACUUGUAAAUUCAUUGUUUCAUCUUUUUUU